AUGCCAUCCUUUAUUUACCCUCUCAAAGGGGUUUACUUUUUCUUGACAAACCCCAAAGUGUUAUGGCUUAAAACGGUAAGCCCUAUUGCGCUUACACUUAUUUUCAGCGCCUUCUCCAUUGGUGUGUCUAUCAAGUUCCUUCUUCCACAUCAAGCCGAAAAGCUGAUAGAAUGGCACUGGCCCCCUUGGAUGUCGUGGUUUGUGUCCAUCCUAUCGACUGUACUGGAGAGUGCUAUUCUGAACUUGGUGUUUUUUGCUCUCCUUGUACCUAUGUUUCAAGACGCCGUUUUCGAUGCUACGUUAGAAGCGUGUGGUUUGCAUUGCAUUUUUGAAGAGGAAGAAAGAAGAGAGAUACCCAAGUUGGUUUUGUGUUGGCGAAGUGUGCGAUCGACAGUUCUAGUGACUUGGUAUCUGAUUGCCGUGAAGAUCUUAUUGUUGGUAUUCACUUUGCCUUUACAACUUGUACCUUUUCUUGGUACUUUUGUGGCAUGCUACAUUAGCGGAUUUCCAACGGCAUGGAGUCAACGAUUGCAUUACGAUAUUGAGCUACGCGGAUAUAGAGUGUCUGAAUCGUACCGUCAUGCGAAAACAAAUAAAUGGCGUUAUGCCAAUUUUGGGUCGAUCGCCUUUGCGUUGGAGCUGGUUCCCAUUAUGAACAUUGUCUUUGUUUGGACAAAUAUCGUAGGAGCUGCCUUAUGGGUAGCAGAUGACUAUCGACGCGAAAAGGGACUCCUUCCCAAGAAAGUGGACGAUCCUUAUCCUGCUGCUAAGGCUCCAACGACUACUGCUGACAUGGAAACCGCUGCUUUCUCUGCCCACGUGGUGGAUGAACAAACACCUUUACUCACGUAA